AUGACUGAAAGAACUAGAAACUCAUGUGCUUCAACCCCUGCAAACCCUACUGCAGGCACCCAGGAGCAGCCACCUGAACCAUGGAUAACCCCUGUGGAAGAAGUCCCAGAGGACUUACCAACCACUCGCGGGACACCAUUCUCUGCAUCUGUGACAGGGGAACCCUCCAAACCCACGAACAAACCAAUCUCAGUGGAGAACAUCCUUGAGCACCUCCCGCGGGAUCAAGCUAUUUUUCUACAAGGAAUGCUUGCUGCCCGCAAACACCCUCGAACCGAGUCCCUAGACAUGACCUCCAGGGACACCCGCGAGCCGGACAGAGAACACCUGGGCCGCGAUCACCAACAUUAG